AUGAACGAAUCUACAACUAUACUUUUUGUCCCGGGCGCCUGGCACAGCCCUGAUUGUUAUGAUCCGGUUGUGGAACGCCUGGAAGCAGCAAACUACAAGACGAGCAAGGUCCACUUGCCUUCGGUAAAUCCACCAAAACACUACUUGGACUUUGGUGCAGAUGUUGCACAAAUCCGAACGCAAAUUGAGGCCGCAGCGAAUUCAGGGCAGAAUGUCGUGGUGGUUGUUCACUCCUACGGUGGGGUACCGUCAAACGAGGCAAUCAAAGGACUCGAUAUCAAGACACGUCAGCAAAAAGGCCUUCCCGGCGGCGUCACCCAUCUGUUCUUUUGCUGCUCCUUUAUCAUCGGAGAAGGGAAUUCGCUUAUCAGCGCAUUUGGCGGCAAUGACCUUCCUUGGUUUAUCGUGGAAGAAGAUAAAUUAGGCGUCAACCCUGCAGACCCGGACAAAAUCUUCUACAACGACUGUGAUCCUGCCCAGGUUGAAAGUGCUGUCGCUUCUUUGAAACCGCACAGUUAUCAGUGCUUUCACAGCCCUUGUACCUAUGCGGCAUGGAAGGAGAUCCCAAGCACCUACUUGUACUGCCUUCAAGAUGCUGCAAUUCCCAUCGCAGUGCAGAAGAUGAUGGUUGAAGAGACAGCCAAAGGAUUCCCGAUUAACACGGAGACGGUUGAUGCGUCCCACAGCCCAUUUAUCAGUAAGCCAGAUGAGCUGGCCGCGGCCAUUCGACGAGCCGCUGGGGAGGAUAUUUGA